AUGUCGAGCAGAGAUCCGGAUCAGGAGGCUCGCUUUGACUCCGAGGAGAGCAGCACAACCACCAAGCCAGCAAGCUUGCUGACGCCGAGCUCGGGGACGGGCACGAGCAAAGGCUUUUCUCAUGUCAUGGACAUGAUCGGCGUUAAUGAGCCAAUGUCUUCCGCGUCUGAGGGAUUCGACUCUGGCAAGGCUGGCCUCUGUUCACCCGCCGAAAGCCCCGUUGCCUCAGGAACCACGGCCAGAUUCCAGUUUGCAGAGGCAAGAUACUCCCUUGAUUCUAUCCCGGGAAAGCGGGCAGUCGUCGAGCCACCGUUCCCACAAGGUCCGCGCCCGGGCACUGGAGAGCAAGUGUUAGAGAGGGUGAGAAUUAAGGGGCGUCUCACCUUUCUGAUUAUUUGCCCCUUCCUCAUUCGAGAGUUCAGCGUCGGUCCGGAUAUGGGCGGCCAACUGGGUACCGGUCCAAGUCGUCCUACGAGCCCAGAGAUGAUUUGCCAGCGUCUUUCUGAGCUAUCAGAGCUCAGUGACUCGGACGCAAGCGGACCCGCUCGGUUGGCCUUGGAAAUCAUCAGGUCGGAACCAAAGGACCAUGAUAUCAGCUUCUCAGAAGACGGAAAGAUCGCCUUUGAUCGUCUCCAUCUCUUAUUCCCCGCCGGCUCAACCUUGUACAGCAGAGACGAAGGCGGAUGGCGAGCGUACAAAGUCGACAGGGUUGAACGCGCCAGCGGUGAGGCACAUGCAGCGGAGUUACAUGUGCAUGCCUUCUAUGUCAACUUCAAUGAGACCGGCAAGCGUCUCGUUCCGCAUUACCAAUUGCUGGUGCUGCCGUGGUAUUCAUCAACGCGAAGGAUUCGGUCUCUCGCCGUGUGGCCGGACUGGUACAUCCAUAAAACCUACCCCAGCCUCCCCAAGAAGCUGAUUGAACGUGGGACGGAUUUUCAACAGCUUUACGGCGGUAGCCCCAUAUGUCGCGAAUAUAAAGGCGAUGCGUGGCCCGUCACCUUGGGCGCUGAUCCUGUGCGGGUUAUAAUUGAUUACACAACCCCUAGCAAGCAUCCAGGAGCAUCUUGUCCAGCCCGUACACGCGAAUGUGUCGCCUGCCUUGGGGCCAGGCUGCGUCUGAAGCCGUAUGGAGCGGGGGUCGAGCACGACGAGGAUCUCUGUACUACGCAAGGGCAGCCGCGUCAGAUGGCCGAAGCAGACGGCAUCGACGAUGUAGAACUGCGCCAGUAUUGCCCUUCGAGAGUUUGGGCAUUCUCACUGAGACACGGGUCCUGGCGCGAGGUGCGGAUCAUGGACCUGCAUGAGCCCCUGUACUCGGAUGUCUCCAACACGGUGCUCUACAUCCCAGCGAAUGCCCAACACCUUCUUGAGUCGCAAGUAAGAAGCUACUUGGAUGGGAACGGAGACACGACUCUGGGCGGUCCACCCAAACGCCGGGGAAACAACAUUCUACUUCAAGGUGACCCCGGGUCAGGGAAGACGUUCAUUGUGGAAUAUCUGGCCAAUAAAUACAAGAGGCCCCUCUACUCGGUCAGCUGCGCCAGUUUUGGGAUAGAGCCCGACGUGAUGGAGACACGAUUGGAAGCUGUGCUCCGGAGUGCUGCGAACUGGAGGGUGUUGCUGCUGCUCGAGGACGUCGCCCCCUUUUUUAGGGAUCGAGACCCGCACCACCCACGAACGAAUGCUUUGAACUCGGCAUUCCGUUUCCAGCUUGCCCAAUCCGAGGCUCUCGUCUUCAUGACGGCUGUCGAUCCCCGGCCCCCCAAUGACAGGCUGCUGUCGCACGUGGACCACGCGCUGAGACUGCUGGGUAUUAGCAGCUGCGAGGCCUUUCAGGAAGACGUUUGGGAGAGCGCCAUCCAAUCGCUUAGCGAUGAGGCCAAAUCCCACCGUGUCAGGCUCGAGAAGGUCUUGACCGUGGUGCGGAAAUCCGAACUUGCCAUGAAGAUGGACGGAAGACAGAUCCACGCCUGCGUCCGAGCCGCCUCGGCCUUGGCUAAGCAGAGGGGCUGUGCCGUCGACGAAAGCCACAUCCACGAGGUCAUCAUGCUUGCUGAGACGUUCAGAGACUCCUUUAGAGCACCAAGGACGAACAGGGUUGCGACAAUCCAGACGGUACAGAGGGGUGGAGGACAGACCGGAGAGUAA